AUGGCUCUUCAGAGCCUACUUAUAAUGUCACCUCAUCUUGUUCCAACUUUCCACAGUAAGAAAAAAGAUGGGAAUUGUGGUUUCAGGGCUAUAGCUGCUUCAAUUGGUCAUACAGAAGAUGAUUGGGCUCAGGUUAGGCGUGACCUAUUGGGUGAGCUGCACACACACAAAGAGGAAUACAUUACACUUUAUGGGUCGUAUGAAAGGUUUGAAGAAUUGACAAGCAUAUUGUCAUACUUUGAAGACAGUCCUGGAUACUCAUAUUGGAUGAUUAUGCCAGACAUGGGCCAUCUUGUUGCAUCGUGCUACAAUCUUGUGUUAUACCACUUGUCUUUACAGCAAUGUCUCACCUUUUUACCUCUUAGAACCGUGCCAGUACCUCAACUUGAUAGACGUGAGAUUGCCAUUGGGUUUGUCAACGGAAAUCAUUUCGUGCAGGUUUUGUUGCAUCCAGGCCAUCCAGUUCCUCCUAUUGCCACUAAUUGGAGAAAAUACCGUCACCCUUGCGCUGUGGACUGGGAUGAUGCAUAUGUGCGUCGCAUUCAACAUUUCAAGGACAUUAUUCAUGAUAAUGUAGCUACUCGAGAGACUUUUGAUGUUGUUGAUGUCGCAUGA